AAAUAUUUGUAACAUAAUUGUACGUUUGACUUUGGGGAUCGCAAUCGUAUCGUACUACAUCCACCGUACAACUAUGUUUACUAGCAGGCAACGACACCGUGAUUCCACAUGGUUAAUGCGAAGAAAAAAGCCAUAUGGCUAGGUUUGGCCACAUGGGGUAAAACAGGGGCGCCACAUGGACAAGAAGCAGGCCUGUAAUGUGAACUCAUCAAGAAAUAGUCUAAUCACUCUGGAAAAUGCUGGGCUAACAGAUUGGUUUUGACAGAAGUUUUACAGAAAAUUUGAAAAAUCUGAGGUGGAUGGACAAAAGCUGAGCUGGAAGUUCUAAAAAAUAAAAUAAGUGCUGCCCAAAAUGGAAGACCCACAAAGCGGCAAAAAGCGGGAAAACCACGUCCCUUUCCCCCCAAUUUUCCCAUUCUCGUUCCAUUCCGUCUCCGUCCAUUUUGUCAGUUUCAUUCCCAUUCCAUUCCCUCUUUGUCGACGGCAAGAUAACUGGGCACGCACCUUCGGCCGAAAGCCUUCAUCAUUUUCCCCAAUUUUUCCGUUUCCAUUCCCGUGUUCGGCAUUUUCCCCACGUCCUCUACGUUGACACAACAGAAUCGGGGCUACACCUGAAGGCUUCCCGUGUUCAGCAUGAUGUACCACAGAUUCUGAGACAUUUUCCCAAGCAUAGGAAGUAUGGAACACGGGACUGAUGAACUUGUUUCGGCACUAGAUAAUGACAGUGUUGCAGAGAAUGCCAUCAGGGUGGAAGAAGAAACAUUGGGACACAAUGGGCCGAUCUUGCCGAAGGUGGGUAUGAUGUUCAAUGACGAGAAACAAUUGGUUGACUUCUAUAAGAGAUAUGCUUAUGAUGUCGGUUUUCCAGUCCGAAGAAGAAACUCGAAGAAGGGGGAUGAUGAAUUGUUGAAAUAUGUGACCUUGACAUAUAGUCGUGAAGGUCAGAGAACGACUAAUGCAAGUGGCUCUUUAAAUCCACAACCAAUCAGUCAGACGAAUUGUAAAGCAAGGAUCUCUAGUUCUUCAUAUAGUCAUGGCAUGUGGAGAAUUAAUACAGUCCACCUUGAGCAUAAUCAUAGAACUAGCUCUUCCAAGUCUAGGUUGUAUCGCUGCAAUAGAGAGUUGAGUGCAAAUGUGAAACGAAAACUUGAAGUGAAUGACUUCGCAGGAAUUCCGUUGUACAAAAGUUUCAACUCAGCGAUUGUUGAAGCAGGGGGAUAUGAGAACAUGACGUGUGUGGAAAGGGACUGUCGCAAUUAUAUUGAGCAGGUGAGAUGAUUACGACUAGGGGAGGGAGAUGCGGCCGCAAUACAGUGUUAUUUUUCAAAAAUGCAAGUACAAUGCUCGGGUUUUUACU